GAUAACAAGUGACAUGGGGAGGCUUGUGUUGCUGGUGUCAUGUUCUCUUCUCUUUACAGCUGGAGUCAGUUCCCGCGUCUUAGAGGGGGAAAAACCAGACAAGGACAAGUUUGACAAAGAUGACACACGGGAAGCAGAAAACAUCAACGACAUCGCUAACAGAGAGUACGAAACAGCAUUUGGGCGAAUCAGCGCUGUUAAUAUGGCUCACAUGAAACGACAAGAGGCAAGAGAGAAGAGGGACACAAUGUUUGAAGAAAUUGUUAAAACUAAUCAAGGAAAAAGGAUGAAACUUUACCAAGGAGAUAUUAUCUUGGAUUCUGAUUUGGAGGAACUAAUUCGUGAAAAGAAGAAAAGAAAAAAGAGAAACGCUACGAGGCAGAAGAAAAGGCUGUGGACAUCAAGAAUCAUUCCUUAUGUUGUUCCCAGCUACAUGAGUCACAUCACGUCAAACCUCAAUGAAGCGAUUAAAAAUUUUCAUGAGAACACCUGUUUGAGAUUUGUGCUACACGACUACUAUUCGUAUGAAAACUACAUUCUAUUCGGCAACGACUACGGAUGCUCUAGCAAAGUUGGAAAAAAAUACGCCGAGCCAGGUUCACAGAAGGUAUCGAUAGGAGACGGCUGUAACUUUGUGGGUACCAUAAUUCAUGAGCUCAUGCACGCUAUAGGGUUUUUCCAUGAACAAUCUCGCGGAGAUAGAGACUCGUUUGUGACGAUAAACUGGGAGAAUAUUCUUGAAGGAUUUUCGGAUCAAUUUGACAAGUACAGCUGGCUGACAAUUGAUGACUUGGGCAAGGAUUACGAUUAUGAAUCAAUCAUGCAUUAUGAUCGAAGGGCGUUUACUAAGAAUGGCUUACCAACAAUUGUGAACACCUACAACGAGGCUAUGGAGUUUGGCACGAACGACAAAAAACUGAGUCAAAAAGACAUCAUUGAAAUAAAUGCGCUCUACGACUGUACCUCAACUACCCAGCUCGGCUGGUCAUCCUGGUCACACUACACCCCUUGUGAUGAGCACUGUUACAAAAGCAGAGAGCGAUACUGUUACAAUGCAGGGAACCCUCAGUCAUGUGCUGGAUCACCUAAUGUUUAUGGUAUCGAGAGACAAAAUGUUUCGUGCUCAGCUAGUGAUUGUCCAGCUAUCGACGGACACUGGGGCCGCUGGUCAGAUUGGUCGAAAUGCAGUGUCACAUGUGGUGACGGUUAUAGAACGAGAUUUAGGAAAUGCAACGAUCCAAAGCCCAUGCGUGGAGGUCUGUACUGUCCAGGAGCGUCAACCAAGUCAGAUGGUUGUGUUAUGAAGAGAUGUGUCCUCGGAAACAGCCAAGGUUACUACCUGUAUGUCGAAUCAUCUGCUCCAGCAUCGGCGAAUAACAACGCUAAGCUAAGGAGUCCGUGGCUGAACCCAGAUCCUGACGGUCAGUGCCUGAAGUUCUUCUACUCCAUGUAUGGAGGUACAAUGGGAGAGCUGAUGGUGCAAAUUGAACUGGAAGGAAAGACCUCAUAUCUCUUAUUCUACGAGAAUGGAGAUAAAGGCAUCGGCUGGAAAGGUGCAACCAAAAAUAUUGAUGCUGAUGUUAGAUACAAGGUGUGUAUAUGUCCACUGAAGGAACGAUGA